AGGCGGAGCUGACGCGUUUUUUCCGUCUUUUUCCAGCUCAGGCUGUGACUGCCUAAGUAAGACAGAGUGAGGUAUAAUGCUAAUCCGGUACAAGAGACCGGUGGUGCAAGUUUUUGACAGUACGUAUCAAAGUUGGCGGAGUAGUUGAGUUGGUGUAUAGUGUAUUUAGUUUCCUUAGUGUUAUUUAUUUAUAAAUAAAAAUAUGUAAUGUUGAGUGAUUUGUGAGGUGCAUUUAUUUGUUGGAAUAUCUUUUAAUACGAUGGCCGAAAUAAUAUUUCAGCGUCGGAAAAUAGCCACAGUGCUAUCUGACCCGAACCCCCUAAUAAUACUCUUGGUCUUAUCGCUGUUGCAAUCAUGUUGGUCGCAAGUGAUCAACAGCGCGCCGCACUUCAUACCGCAGACUGGUGACAUGUCACAGUUCAGCCUUUCUGAAGACACGCCAGUUGGCACUCCAGUAUAUCAUUUGAAAGGAGUGGAUCCAGAAAAUGGUCAGCUGCGGUACUCGAUAUCUGGACAGUACUUCUCCGUGGACUCUUUGACAGGAGUCGUUACCCUCGCCAAGACCUUGGACAGAGAGGAGCAGGCGUUCUUGGAAGUCAUCAUCAGUAUUACUGAUGAAGGAAUAGCAAAUACAGAACCAAACACGGUAUCAUUGAGAAGAGUAAUUCCAGUUAAAGAUGUAAACGACAAUCCACCAGUGUUUCACAAUAGGCCAUACAUUGUUAAUAUAAGUGAAGCAACUCCUGUUGGAACAGAAAUAGAGGUCAACCCAAAAAUAAAUGUCACAGAUCUAGAUGAAGGUGAAAAUGCGAGAAUACGAGUCAAGUGCACUACCAAAGAAAAGGGAAGUGACUUUGAAGCAUGCGCCACAUUCAGAGUCGUUACUGAUAUGAUUACCCCGAAUGAAUAUCAAGUGCGACUUUUCCUUAACCAGCCACUAGAUUUUGAAAGCAGAUCAGCUUACAUCAUAAGUUUAGAAGCUACCGAUGCCUCCGACAGACCAUUAAGAGCUCUAGCUAGUGUGGCGGCUUCAAUAUGGGAUGUACAAGAUCAACCACCUGCGUUUGUUAAUGCGCCGUUUUCAGCAACAGUACCAGAAAACACUCCACCGGGUACAAGCAUAAUGGAAAUUAUAGCAAAGGACGGUGACACAGCAAACCUACGACCAGUUCUUUUGACCCUCGAAGGAGACUCCGAACAGUAUUUUAAAUUACUGCCCGAUAGACCUCUCGGACGAGCAGUAUUGGUCGCUUCCGACAAUCCUAUUGACAGAGAAAGUGAUGUCGUGAUGCAAAAUGGUGGUGUUUACAAUUUCUUUGUCAAGGCCACGGAAUUAAUAAAUAACGAAGUACCAUCUGACUACACGGUAACAACAAUAACAAUAAUUGUCACUGACGUCGAUGACCACGUUCCGAAAUUUAACAAAGAUGUAUUCGAUAUAUCGAUUCCAGAAAACAUUGAAAAUGGUAGCCCAGUUCCCGGUCUAUCCAUCUACGUGGAAGACAAUGAUAUUGGAAAGAACAGCAAAUACGAUUUAUAUCUCAGAAAUGUGUUUAAUUCAGAAGACGUAUUUUCAAUUAGCACCGAUCACGGCGAAGGAAGAACUCCAAUUAGUAUAAAAGUUAAAGAUUCUUCUAAAUUGGAUUACGAAGUUGAUGACGAAAAUCUACGUUUAUUCAGUUUUGAUAUAGUAACAGCAGCCAAUGGCCUGGAAUUGUCAUCAGCUCGGGUUAACAUAAAACUUCUAGACAUGAAUGACAACUCACCAAUUUUCGAAGAAGCCACUUACAAAUUUAAUGUUCCUGAAAAUGCAACUAUUGGAACUAAAAUUGGUGAUGUGUUUGCAACCGAUAGAGAUUAUGGAAUAUUUGGUGAAAUCGAAUACACUUUAACUGGGUUUGGAUCUAAUAUGUUUAAAACUGAUAAAAGCAAAGGUGGUAUUUACGUACAACAAAUUCUUGACUAUGAAAAACAAAAAAGUUAUAGCUUAACAAUUUUCGCUAAAGACGGAGGUGGCAAAGGAUCAACAGCGAGCAUUUUUGUUGAAGUGUUGGAUGUGAAUGAUAAUGCACCGAUAUUCGAAGCGUCGGAGUACAGUAGAACUAUAAGAGAUGGUGCUACUACUUUCGAACCCCAGUUUGUUGUUCGGGCCACAGAUGCAGACGGUCCCACACAAGGUGAUGGUCUAAUUAAAUAUACACUCGAAUCCGACAACAGCAUCAGUCGCAAAGGCAAUGUGUUCACUAUAGAUGAAGAAACAGGAGAAAUAAGUAUUAUUGAUAAAGUUGAUAGUAUGGACACGCCUAGAGGACAAUAUGAGCUGGUUGUGAGAGCUACUGAUUACGGCAUCCCAUCUCUUCACAACGAAACUCGAGUCUACAUUAGAGUGGGAGUUCCAGGCAAUCAAAGGCCUACCUUUAAAGGAAACUAUCAUCACUAUAAGUACACUGUCUCACAACAUAGUCCUGAGACUACUGAAGAUUUUACCUUUGACCUGAAUCCUAUGAACUACAAAGCGAAUAUAAGAGAGGAUGCUAAACCUGGGCAGAAUGUUACUAUGGUAGUAGCAAAUGACCCUGAUGGAUUGGAUGAUCUGCUGACGUAUCAUAUCGUAUCGGGAUCCAGGGAUAACUUUGUUAUCAAUGAAAAAACUGGUCUAAUAACGGUGUCCAGCGAUGCAAACCUAGACCGAGAUAUAAAUCCUGAUCGAUAUGAAAUAAUUGUAUCUGCCGUUGACAGUGGAAUGCCAAUACCAGAAACUGCUACCACUACUGUGUUCGUUACUAUUCAGGAUGUAAAUGACAAGCCUCCUAAAUUCAAUGUUACUGAAUCAACGACACAUAUUUCUGAGAAAGCUAAACUAGGCGAUAUAGUUACACAAAUUGUUGCUUAUGAUACAGAUGUGAACGCGAAAUUACAAUACAGCAUUAUGGAACCAAUCAAAGCUCUGUCUAAAGCGGGUGUACAACUAAAACCUAAUUCACCAUUUGACUACACACACAUGUUUCGUAUCAACGAGGAUACUGGAGAAGUUAUUGUAAAUGGCACACUGGAUUAUAGUCAAGCGUCAAUAGCUAUAUUGACAAUCAAAGUCGUUGAUGUGAACGCCGAAUUAAACAAAGAGAAACAAUUUGCUAUGAUAGAACACACAAUUUACAUUCAACCUUAUGCCGACAAAAAUCCUCAAUUUACUAAUUCAGGAUGGACUAGUUCAAAUCCCGUUAUAUACCAUAAGAUUAAGGAAGAACAACCGAUAGGAAGCACCGUCGUUGUAUUGAUGGCCGAAGACCCGGUGUCUGGUCAUUUAGUGUCCAAUUUCAAAGUUAUUAAUUCAGAAACAGGCUUGCUUCAAGUCGACCCAUUAAGUGGACAGGUGGUUUUAACAAAGCAUUUGGAUUAUGAAGAUUUGACAACUCCUAAUUUGACUGUUACUGUAAAAGCUACUAGUAAUGAUGGCAGUAGGCAUAGUACGGCUAAAAUUAUAAUAGAGGUCAUGAACAUUAAUGAUAAUCCACCGAUUUUUGAAAAAGAGCUUUAUAAAGUGAGUGUUCUAGAAUCAGUUAAAUAUCCAGAGCUUAUUGUUAGUGUAAAGGCACAUGACGCAGAUGCGGUGUUGACUGAUGAAGAUAAAACUAAGGGAUACUCCGAUAUUAGAUACACAUUAAGAGGCGACAACUCAGAUUUAUUCAAAAUUGAUAAUGUCACUGGUUCCAUUCAGGUAGCAGAAAACAAAACUUUAGACAGAGAACGACAAUCUGUUCUAAGACUGGAAAUAGAGGCAGCUGAUAUACCUAGUGGAGGAGCAGACAGACUCAAAACCACUGCGGCAAUCCUUAUAGAUGUUCUUGAUGUCGAUGAUAAUUCACCAGAGUUUGAGAAGAAAGUCUACACAGCUGUCGUGCCAGAAAACGUCCCAAUUGGAAUAAGUGUUGUCAACGUUACUGCUUCUGACCCAGACGAAGGUUUAGGAGGAGAAAUUAGAUACGACUUCUUAGAUGAAGGAGAGGCUAAUGGGCUUUUCAUAAUCGAUGCUAUAACUGGUGAAAUCACAACUCACAAGGACUUGACUGGCAGAGGUCGAACGGAUCCCUACAGACUGUUAGUUGGAGCAACAGAUGGCGGUGGACACACAGGAGAUACAUCAUUAUCUUUAUAUAUUGGCGACGUCAGCGCUAACGAUGGAGUACCAAGGUUUAUUCGACCGGCGGCUGGUGAAAUACUUAGUGUUAGCGAGAAUGCAACGAUUGGAUCAGCCGUUUUCCAAGUGGUGGCGAGUGAUCCGGAUGAUCCUACUCAACCUUCAGGGCAGCUGUACUACUCAAUACAACCAAGCAACCCAGACGCAAAAUCUUUUGCUGUCGAUCCCCAUUCCGGCUUAAUUACGACUCGUCAGUCAUUGGACAGGGAACGUAAAUCUUCUUAUACCCUUGUGUUACUAGUAACAGACAGAGGUCAACCGCCCCAACAAAGCACUAGGAUAGUAACCGUUCUCGUCACUGAUGUUGAUGACCAUAAACCACAUUUUGGAAGAAAUCUGGACGAUCCUCCUUUACUUAUGACAGUUAAAGAAGAGGUACCAAUUGGCACAGUUAUUGGACAACUAGAAGCAAUUGAUGAGGAUAUUGAUGAUAACGCAGCUAUAGACUAUGCUAUUACUGCUGGCAAUGAGUACGAGUUGCUGAGGUUAGAAAGAACAAACAACAGUAAAGCGUUGAUAAUAGCAGCGGCAAGGCUUGAUAGAGAAAUGGUAUCCAAACAGCUGAUAACUAUCAAGUGCUUUAAGUAUGGAACCACGCCACGAUUGACUAAAUCAUAUAAUAGGCUGGACCCAUCAGAAACCCAAGUGUUAGUAAAAAUCAUUGAUAUAGACGACCAUCUACCUGAGUUCGAGAGUGCAAACAUCACUGUUGGAGUAAGACUCAACGUACCAAUAGAUACACUCAUAGCUUCAGUAAAAGCUACAGACAAAGAUCCCGACGCCAAACCUAUUCACUACAGCAUUGUGAACAUGACUUUCAUAUCACCUAUAAAGGGUAAAUCUUUAAACAAUAUCACAGAAGUGAUUGUCCUUAACAAUAUGACUGGAGACUUGAAGAUUAUGAAAAAUUUGAUACAUUACGCUGAUGGGAUAUUUAGGAUACUGGUUCGAGCUAACAACUCCAAUGAUCAAGAGAGAUUUACAGAUAUUUUAGUAGAGGUAGUGGUGGUGAGAGAACGUGAUCUCCUUCGCCUGGUGAUGAUUGGUGGUACCAAACAGAAAUAUGCCGCGCUCCGAGACAGAAUGACAGCCGCGCUUGCGCAAAAAGGACUCAGGAUGCAACUACAUGACUCCAAUAACGCCUUCUACGCCAACCCUGGGCCAUGCUUCCAAUUCAGAAAAGUGGAGUCCGGGGAAGCAUUAACCCCGAAAGCAAUGAAAGCAACCAUCCGUGCUUUAGGAACAGAAUUCCAAGAGAUUCUCGAAAACUUCAACGUACAAAACAUAACUAGCUGCGGAGUGUCCCGGACGAAAUAUUCGCCGGCGCAACAUGCAUUGCUGGCUUUGGCUGGCGUGCUACCGUUUGCUGCAUUCAUAGCCACCCUUGUACUAUGUUGUAUGCAUUCAAGUGCCAAGAGACGAGCUCGUGAAGCCUUGCUGAUAAGCAGAGAGCCUCCUCCAGUGGCGGCCAGCCAGAUAUCAGUGCCAACCAGACUCUACGCUGAGCCUUUGUAUACCACGUGACGCAAAUGUCGAGAUCUAGCCUAAGUAUGUGUGAUUCGAAAUUAAGGGCUCAUUGAGAAAUAUUGUGCUAGUUGUAAUACAUUGCGAAGCCACGCAGAUCUGGAAACAAAAGUGAUAUAACAUUGCCAGCCAUGUAUUAUACCCGCACGAUAUUUCUCGUACUGUCUAAUCAGUUGUACGAGCGUGAGUAUAGAAAUAUUACAUUUGUAUAAACUUUUGGAAAUAUGGAUGACUGUAUAAUUGUUUGUGUAAGAAUGUGACUUUUUAUACGUUACCACAUAAGACAAUACUAUUUAUGUUUUCAAUUAGCGAUAUUAUCGGGCGAUGCAUCCAGGCGCGUCCAAAAUGUGGUACAAAAUUGAGCGAGAUGCACUUAUACAUGUGCCGUAAGGAAGACAGAGACAGCAAUAUGUUGAGCGUGUCUUUGUGACAAAAUAAAUUGUAACGUAAGCGUAUAUUUAUAAAAUAUUAUGUAUUGUCAAUGGCAAGGCCACUCUCGUGUAAAUUACUCCUGACGUAUUAUUUUCCUAAGUCUAUGUAAUGACAAUAUUUAAAUGAUUUUAAUAAGUUUUUUUGCUUAUCGUGUAAAAUACCUGCUGAUAGUUUUAUAUUUCCGAUUUUUUAUAAUUGAGUUCAUAAAAUAUUAUAAUGAUACAAUGUACGUUAACAGACUAUAAGAUAGUUAAAAGCUUUGUAAAUGCACUUAUUAAGGUUUUAUUCCACAUAUUUUUAAUUUAAACGUAUUCUUCACUGUAGACAAUUAAUGCCUUCAUCAUGUAGAAUAAGUUAUUAAAAACUUAUUUUUUGUGUUGUAUAUAAACGACUAUUAGGAGCAUUGGUGUGGUGGUAACAAAA